GAAAAAGUAUAUUCACAGGACCAUCUAGUAAUAUUUAGUUAAUGGAGGAAUCGAUUUCCGCGUAAAAGGCACAGCGCCAUUUCUUGUUGUCUUUUCUCCUUAUAACUAAAAACAUGGCUGAGGUAGAAGAAACUCAAAAGAAAAAGAGGACUUUCCGAAAGUUCACUUUUCGAGGAGUUGAUCUCGAUCAACUCCUUGAUAUGCCAAAUGAGCAACUUAUGGUUUUGAUGCAUGCUCGUGCUCGUAGGCGAUUCUCUCAUGGUUUAAAGAGGAAGUCUAUGGCUUUGGUAAAGAAGCUGCGUAAAGCAAAGAAGGAAACACCACCAAAUGAAAAGCCAGAAAUUGUUAAGACUCACUUACGUAACAUGAUUAUAGUACCAGAAAUGGUUGGUUCGAUUGUUGGUGUUUACAAUGGCAAAACGUUUAAUCAGGUUGAAAUUAAGCCAGAAAUGAUAGGUCAUUACUUGGGAGAGUUCUCUGUUACUUACAAACCUGUAAAGCAUGGUAGACCAGGUAUUGGUGCUACCCACUCUUCAAGAUUUAUUCCACUAAAAUAAUUUAUGUUUUUCAUUUGAAUAAAAUGUAUAAAAAUUAAUACAA